CUUAUUUAACGAUUUAUUUUGCACAAAAUCCGCCCUGUAGACUAAUUAUGUUUGUGUUUUCACUUUCACAGACUGGUUACAUCGGCGCUUUGCCUCAUCUGCUGAUGACCAUAGUGGUGCCCCUUGGAGGUCUGCUGGCCGAUCACAUACGGAAAAACGGUAUCCUGUCCACGACUAGCGUCAGGAAGAUUUUCAACUGCGGAGGUUUUGGCAUGGAAGCCACGUUUUUCCUCGUGUUGGCCAACGCCCGCACGCCGCUCAUGGCCACGAUCGCCUUGACCUGUGGCGUGGCGUUCAGCGGUUUCGCCAUUUCCGGGUUCAACGUUAACCAUUUGGACAUUGCGCCGAGAUACGCUAGUAUACUGAUGGGCAUAUCGAACGGAAUUGGUACGAUAGCAGGGCUUCUGUGUCCGGUCGCGAUCAACAUCAUCAUCAGGCACAAGACGAGGCAGAGCUGGAGCGAGGUAUUCAUACUGGCCGCCGUCAUUCACUACAUUGGGGUGGUGUUCUACGCAAUAUUCGCUUCUGGAGAAUUGCAACCGUGGGCCGAGCCCAAGGUCGAAGAAGAUCAACAAAUGGAUGAGGUGAGCGUCGACAAGAAGAGUAAGCUUACGUCGUACGGUUCGGUCGAACAGUCGUCGGGCAAAGGGUUCGUGAACGCUGGCCUCAACACCAACUGCACCAUCGGCGAGACCGAACCGGCGCCGCCGACCGACAACCCGACAAAUCCGUUCCUGGCCAAGCCCACCGCAGCCACCACCAAUCCGUUCGCUACCUCCGAGUGAUAAUCUGAUUAUUAAUGAUAAAUUAUUGAUGUAACGGAUAAUUCGAGUUCGGAUCGCGCUGUCGUCACGUCGAUUAUUACUACACGGAUUAUAAUAUUAUGAUAUAAUGAUAAUAAUAAAAAUUAUUAUUAUUGUUACAUUGUAAAGGUCGCAGGAGGUACUUCGCGAGCAAUAAUACCGUUAAUUGCGUAGUCUCGAUUGCACGUAGUUGUUUCGUAGGUAUUAAAAUAAUAAUUUUUAGGUAGAUAAUAUUACUAAAAUCGAUUUUCUCUCAAUUAUACAACUAUUAUAUAGUAAUAAUUAUAAUAACAUAAUAAUAGUAUUAUCGUACACACUCGUCGUCUCAUCUAUAUAUUGAAUGAUACUAUUAUUAUAAUAUAAUAGAACCUAGAACAUGAAUUUCGCGUUUAUCGAUACAAUGUAGCGUAAAUCGUAAUAAAUUUGCAUUUAUCGAUUUUUCCAAAUUAAUAAUUAUUAUCUUAAUAUUAUAAUAUACUGUCAAUUUGUUUUUAUACAAUUCCGAAUAAUAUAGAUUCCGUCUUGUGACGGAUGUAAAAUAUAAUAUAAUAUUGUUAUUUAUUAUAAUGUUUAUACAGCUUGGUCGGCUCGAAAGUGCUCGGCUUCAACGUUAUAAUAAUGUGUAAUAUUAUAAUAUAUUUUAUAGAUAUUUAUUACUUCACCUUAAUAUAUAGGUAGGUAAUAUCGUAUCUGAACUUAUGGUACUUACGUAUUACCCGGUACUUGGUUUCACACUGUUUUUAAACUCUUAAAUAUUAAUAUCAAGAAUACUCGAAUAAAAUUUAAUAAUCAUAAUUAUGAACUUAAAAUAUAGUACAAUAUUAUUUCAGUUGCACAAAAAAUAGUAAAAAAGUUUGUUUUGAAAAAACAUAACUAUAUUCGGUACAAUUAAAACACUUAGUUGAUAGUAUCUUAAGUUAUUUAUGUGUUUCUUUAUUAAGAAAGUUGUGUGUUGGAGGGACAACAAUAAUAUUGCAGUAUCUAUAUCUUUUGAAAUUGAAUCAAAUAAAUUGUUCAAAUCAGCGGGAUUAUGACGUUACACGAAGUGUAAACUUUAAUUAUAGGUCUAUAAAAUUGUCGACCCUGUGCCAAUUAACGUUUUAUUAGUAAAAAAUGUAUUUACACACUAUUAUGUCAUCGUCUAUAGUCUGUUGUGUGUUGUUUAUUUAAUCACGAAUUGAGCUAGGAUGAAAUACUAUUGUAUCCUGGUUUUCGAGUGAAACCUUUCAUGUUCUGAAAAUGUUACCAGCAGUGUAGAAUUUCAUGACCAUUUGACCUCUGUAACUGCAAGUUGAUAUAGUUAAAUAUUUUUCAACUUAACGGUAAUACCUAACAAACUACAUGGAAUGAUAUUCAUAAGAUAAGCACAGCUAGUUCAACCAAUUAAAACACUGGGAUUUUAACACGUCAUGACAGAGUGUAAAUAGACGCUUUAAAUGUUUUGUACGAUUUUGUUAAUGGUACACCGAGUGAUCCAUUUAACGUAAGACACUCGUUGUUUUAAUAACUAUUAACAAUAUUUUAACAUAAUUUUAGUUCGUUAAAAAAACAAAAUUUUAUUGAAUAAUUAUAUUUUUUAUUAUUUUUCAUCGUAAUUAUUUUUUAACAACAUAUAUAAAUGACAACACGCCAUUUUAACUCCUUAUUUCAAAGCAGAAUAUUUUUUGAAGUACUUUGAUAAUUAAAAAUAAAAUUUUGGACAAGCAAUUUAUGAGUCAGUAUUUACAGUUUGGAUAAACGGAGCGGAGUGGCACAGGGGUUCCCAGCAAAAUUUAGUCGUUCAAAAAAGUAAAAAAAUUUCAAAAUUGACAAAGAUAAUAUUUUCUAAAAAUGUUUUUUUGUAACAACUUAAAAUUAUGAAUUACAAAUCGAUACAGGUACCAAACUACGGUCUGUGGACAAUAUGUAAGUACCAUAAAUUACGAUGGUGCGAUGAUCGCAUAAUAAUGUAUUCUGUCAAUUUCUUUUUAUACAAUGUAAUAAUAGAUUAUAUUCCUUAACGGAUGUUAAAUAAUUAUAAAAUUAUGUGUUAAUGUUUUAUAAGCUUCGUCGGCUCAAAUGCGUUCGGCCGCGUUUUAUAUAAUAAUAAUAUAGGUAGGUACUAUAUAUACGGAUUAGGUUAUAGCGGCUUAGGUUAGGUUAGACUUUUCCGAACGAUUGUUAUAUUAUUAUGAUGUACGUUUUUUUUCGUCUAACACAAAAUAUUAUAUUGUAUUAAGGUAAUGCUUAUUCUCGGUCAGAAUCGAACGCGUGUUGAAAUGUGAUUCGAUAAUGGUCAUAUUAUAAUAAUAAUAUGUAUAAUACCAUCACGGCGCAUACGCAUAAUAUGCGUUGAAAAUAAGUAGUUAUAUUAUUAUAUCGAAUCGUCAUCUGCGAUUUUUUAGUUGGGAUUCUUUGCCGAAACUCGUCGUGUGAUUCGUAAUAAAUAUAUAGGUGUAUUAUGUAUGCAUAAUACUAAGUAUAAAACGGUUGUAUGGGAACUGAUGACGUUGCUGAGAUGAUAAUAUAAUAAUUUAACGUCUCUCGUCCGACGCUCACCCAUAUUAUGGCCAGCGUGGUUUAGAGUAAGACGUGUUAUGUCUGCUAAAAAGCGCGUAAAUUAUUAGACGAUUUAAAUACCUGCAAAAUAUGGAAAAUAUGGUGUAUAAUAUAAUAUUAUAAUAUAGUCACUAUAUUAUGUAGUUAUAUGUUAGUAUGUCCAUCGCAUAUUUCGUAUGCGAUGAAUGCCUUUUCGAAAUUCGUCCUACUGUGAUACAAUAUAACAUAAUAGUAUUUUAUUUUAUGCACGCCUGUAACUGGGCCGGCCGGGCUAUAUAUUUUCGUUGUUCCGAUACAACCAAAAUGUUGGACUUAAAAUACAACGAUAAUAUUAUUAUAAUAGUACCUAUGUGUACGACGAAUAACAGUAAAAAUAUUAUGAUAUUGUAUUGCUCCCCAAACGACUCGACGACCCGCCGUGUCGGGAUGAAAAUCAAACGUCGCAACAAGUUGAUUUUUUUCUAGUGGUUGUAUUAAACGUUUUUAUUUACGCAUAAUAUAACUCCUUCCAGUUUUUUCUGCUAGUUCGAUUUGAAAUCGAGUAAACGAUAAGAUACUUUUGAGAAGUUUUUUGAAUAAUGUCAAUUAAAACACAUAAAUAUGAAAUAUGGUUCUGUUGAUUUCUUCGUCGGAUAUUAACUAAUGUUUUCUUUUGUAAACAAAAUAACUAAUAUGUCUUAACGUAGACGAGUAUACUAAAACAAAACAAAAAACUGUUUAGGUCGCGCACACCAAUAUACCAUAACAAUAAUUCUUCAGCUUUCGCGUUUUCUAUCGGUGAAAUAAGAAAACGAUCACACGAACUUACACCAUUAUAAGACGUAUAUAUUAAUAUUGUUCAUCGUCAUAAUAUGAAUUCUACUCGCUUUGAAUACUCAACGCGCUUCAAUAAAAAUUCAAACCAAUGAUAUAGUUUACUCAAUGUUCGAACUCAAGUAGAACCAAAAUCUCGAAGAAAACAGUUUGGUCAUGUAUAGCAAGUGUAAAAAUAUAUGAAAGUAGAAUGUGCUGCGCGGACAUCGUUU